UCAGAGAAGAACAGGGUAGAACUUUCUGUGUAUAAAGUAGUUUUCGCGAAGACAUAGUAAAGACAGCGUCAAGACGUUUUGCAGUGUUAAAGUCAGUGUAAAUUCAAAUAUGCAUAAGAGAUCUGGACAGGUGGACAAAAGUACUUCUCUGUUGCAGUCUGCUGAAGAAGAUCGAAAGCGAGACCUGGAGGGAGAGUGGAGUGUCCCUCAUCACCACGGUAACUCGACUCAUGGAGAGGCUACUUGACUACAGGGACUGCAUGAAGAUUGGAGAAGUGGAUGGGAAAAAUAUUGGCGGUACAGUCAACCUCCUCAACUUCUACAAAACUGAGCUAAACAAAGAGGAGAUGUACAUAAGGUACAUUCACAAGCUCUACGACCUCCAUUUCAAAGCCCAGAAUUACACAGAGGCUGGCUACACGUUGCUGCUGUAUGAUGAGCUGCUGGAGUGGACUGAGCGGCCCCUGAGGGAGUUCCUGGGCUACCCCAUGCAGAGCGAAUGGCAGAGGAAGGAGUGCCUCCAUCUAACCAUCAUCCACAACUUUGACAGGGGAAAAUGUUGGGAGAACUGUAUCAUACUGUGUAGAGAGCUGGCAAAUCAGUACGAAGUCUAUUACGACUACAGGAAUCUCAGUAAAAUGAGGCAGAUGAUGGAAGCCUCUUUAUAUGACAAAAUAAUGAAUCAGCAGCGCCUGGAACCUGAAUUCUUCAGAAUCGGUUUCUAUGGCAAGAAGUUCCCCUUCUUUUUACGGAAUAAGGAGUUUGUGUGCCGGGGCAACGACUACGAGCGCCUAGAAGCCUUCCAGCAGCGAAUGUUGAGCGAGUUCCCCCACGCCAUCGCCAUGCAGCACGCCAACCCGCCCGACCAGACCAUCCUGCAGGCGGAGGCCCAGUACCUACAGAUCUAUGCAGCGAGCCCGGUCCCUGAAGGUCAGGAUGUACUGCAGAGGGACGGGGUGCCCAACAACAUCAAGAGCUUCUACAAGGUCAACCAUAUCUGGAAGUUCCGCUAUGAUCGGCCUUUCCACAAAGGCACCAAGGACAAAGAGAAUGAGUUCAAGAGCCUGUGGGUAGAGCGGACUAUGCUGACACUGGCGCAGAGCCUGCCCGGUAUCUCUCGCUGGUUUGAGGUGGAGAAGAGGGAAUUGGUUGAGAUGAGCCCCUUGGAGAACGCCACUGAAGUGAUCGAGAACAAGAACCUGCAGCUCCGAACACUAAUUGCUCAGUGCCAGACCCGCCAGAUGCAGAACAGCAAUCCCCUCACCAUGUGCCUCAACGGGGUGAUAGAUGCCGCUGUUAAUGGGGGGCUGGCACGCUACCAAGAGGCAUUCUUUGCAAAAGAUUACAUUGCAAAUCAUCCUCAAGAUGGGGAUAAGAUCACUCGUCUCAGAGAGCUGAUGUUUGAGCAGGCUAACAUUCUGGAGUUUGGGUUGGCUGUGCAUGAGAAGUGUGUUUCACAGGACAUGCGACCAUUGCACAAAAAGCUGGUAGACCAGUUUCAUAUGAUGAGGUCAAGUCUAGGACUACAGCCUCAGGAGUUCCCUGCCCUUGUGCGUGCCAGUCCAAUGCACUUCGUCAGUGGAAGCCCACGCACCUGCAGGACCCCGGUGCCCAGCGCCAUCAGCCCCGACGGCUCUCGGAUGGUGAUUAGGCGCAGUCCGCUGACCUACCCAGCAGUCAACCGCUACUCCUCAUCCUCACUGUCAUCGCAGGCCUCCAAUGAAGUGAGCAACAUCACAGGCCAGUCUGAGAGCUCUGAUGAGGUCUUCAACAUGCAGCCAAGUCCCUCUACCUCCAGCCUCAGCUCCAACCAGUCCGGCUCCACCCAUGUGAACAGCUCCGCUCCCUCCAGCAACAGAGCGUCUCCAUUGCCCUCUGACAAACAUAAGCACUCUCGAGAUAACCUGUGCCUCUCGCCAAGGGACAGGCUCUGCGCUGGCAUAUUUCCCAGCCCACUGGAUCCAACUGCAAGAACAAUGCCACUCCAGAUUGUGGAUUCUACAUCAACCCGUCUUGAACCAAGCCUCCCAACACUUGAGAAAGGAGCAGGAUCUCUUGGCAUGGGGAUGAGGUCAUAUUCACCUAUGCCCACAAACAAGUCUCCCCAAAAGGCAUCCAUGCCUCCCUUGACACCAUCCCCCAUUGAUGGCCUGCCCCCUGGUGGCUUGGUGCUGAACUCCCCGGCUCGCUCUGGCAGCUGCAGCAGUGGCAUCUCUUCCCUAAGCCGCUGCAGUGUUUCAGAGACCUGUAGCAUGGAUCCUGGUCCUUCUGACUCUCCAGUGCCUCUGACUGUCACCACACUGGAUGAGCCCAUCGUCCGGCGGGGAAGCAAAACGCCUCCUCCCUACAGCGUGUAUGAGCGCAACAACCCCCGUCGUGCCACCCCCCUGCCUCACAGCCUCUCUGUCCCCCCAAGUAUGGACACCUCUGGUCUGCCCCCUAAACCAUAUCUGAACCGCAGCCACAGAUUACACUCGGAACCCCGCCAACGGACUGUCCCCCGUAAAGUCUCACAGCUAUAACAGCACAGUAUCAUUGGAGAUUCAGAUUGUAAAUGGUUAACAUGGUCCUAAGGUGCAAAGGCGACAAAAGCACACACUAUAUACCUGUUUGGUGUGCCAUAUUUGUACCCUUUCACAGUUGGGGUUUCUUAAUAUUUCUUAAUAUUUUUAGGAGCCAUUAAGAGAUUUAACGUGCUGAAUAAGAUUAUCUGUUUUAAAAAGGGCAAAUAGUUUACUGCAAAAUGUACACAUCUGGCAGGUCCACAUUGCAUUUAGAGUACUUCAGCUUUAGUCAAUCAUAUGUAUUUUUGAUAGAUGUUUAAUAAUUAUGAUAUUGAUGUACAGUAUGGUUAACAAUAGUACUUCUUUGGCCUUACACAAAGGUCACACUGUGCAGCUAGUCCUGCAGCUCAUUCGAAAUGCUUUUCUGAAUUGCUGAAAGGUGCUAAAACCUAGACAGUAUAUCUGAUGAGUCUUCAAUAUUUUUAGACUUGUGUUUGCGAAUUUCUUGACUGUCUCAGCAUUGCACAUAUUAAACAAUUUAUAAAACUGUACUUUUUUUGUAAUCUCGUAGUGUAAUUGAAACAAGGCACAUGCUAAAUGUUAGGUAGUUGUAAUGACUUUCACAAGCUAAAUGCUUUGGGUUUUUGAAGGGAAACUGAAAUACUUUCACAUUGCACUAUUAGAGGCUUUCACUGCCUGACCAAAACACCAUCCUCUAAAACAUUAAGUUCUUAGUGAGUACUUCGUAAAGCACAUUUUGUUACAAAAAAACAUGCAUUUCUCUUUUCAGUGGGAACUUUCAUAUGAUGCCUAUUCUAUACAUGCAUACAUACAUACAUACAUACAUGCCCUGAACUCUUAAGCUAUGGCUGAAACUGUGUAAUGUGUACUAGUCUUCAAUGUGCCAUGUAAUGGUUCUGUAUGGAUUGCUGACGUUGUGCCAAAGAAACGUACGGACGUUUUAAGUGCUGCAAGUAUUUAGAGCUGCUUCAUUAGAAUGUGUUCAGUUGUGCUCUAUGAUGUACUUCAUGUGCAGUUUGCAGAAGCAUAGAUUCUGGCAGCAUGUGGCAUGUAUGUAAAGCAUUAAGCAAUAUACAGUAUAAGAAUACAAUUGCUGUGGUUCUGUGAGGGUGUCUUUGAUAUGACACAAAUGGCAGCAUUACAUUGUUUGAAGAGCAUCCUUCCCACGUGACUCUGUUGAGGAAAUGGCUUUUUAAUAAGUAAUGGAGUCUUUUUUUGCUUUCAAUAUCAACUUGGAAAAGUAACCUGAAUGUGGUAUUUUAUCUCAAUUUUCGGUGAAUUGGUUACUUACUAGUUAUUCACGAAAGAAGAAUGAAGUGUUUAAAAAAAGUAAAUGAUACUUCACAUCAGGGUAUGAAAUGGAAUGUUCGCAUCUCGGCAAAGCAGAUAAGAGAUUUGAGCCGACUGCUAUUAUAACCAGAACAAUUACAAUUGACCGCUAAACAGACUCCAUGCAAUGUUAAACAUACCCAAUGUUAGAUCUGACCACUGGGGUGCAGUAUACACAGAAAACCCUACACAUACUUGAUACAUGGGGUGGGGAAGAUUAUUGUGGAUUUGUUAGCUGGCUUCAGUGGUCCUAUAAUUUACUGCAAUAAAAUGUUACAGUAACAAUGA